AUGAAGCCUCUACAACUGUCUUGCUUACUUGUUCUUUCCCAAUUACAUACCUCACUGGGCCUUGCUCUCCAUGCGGUAUUUCCUUCCGUGACCAGAGCCUCCUUUGGAGCUCAACCAAGUCCUCAUCUCGAACCGCGAGCGGCCAUCAGCACAGAACUCUCAACAUGUGGCUAUCUAAAUGGCGACCCGGACAAGGAGAGAACAGCAGAUCCUGAGUUCAACUGUCGUGUGGAUACAAGGAACGGACUAUGGGGUUUCUGCCCAACUACCGUUCUGACGGCUUCAGAUUGUGGUCUGGCGGGAGCAUGCAGAGAUCAUGGAGCAUGUGAAAAGGGCUGCGGCAUGACUGAUACGGACUUGACUACAUUCACUUGUGACCGCAAGUCCUUUUGCUCAUUCGCCCUCCUCACUUUCGGCGUUGACCAAACGUACACUUACAUUGCUUGCGGCGCCAAAGCAACAACCGAGAAUUACCUCGUCACGCCGCUUGAAGCAACAGAUGUAACAACAACAAGCGAAAAGACCACAUCCCAAACACAGACAUCAUCAGUCAUGGCAAGCGUCACAACGUCAAGUACUAUCGAGACCUCAGAAAGUACCUCCAGUGAAACGACAAACAGUUCUUCGGCAACCGAAUCUUCUGAGAGCACUCCAAUUGGUGCCAUCAUCGGGGGUGUCUUGGGCGGUCUUGUCGUAGUUUGCGUAACUGUCAUCGCAGGAAUCUUUCUCCUUAGAAAGAAUAGCCGCAAAGAUAAUGAUGGCAAAGCUGCCAGCCCAGAGCAUGAUGACACAAAGACUUUCUGGAAGGGGAACGAAAUAAAAGAGCCACAAGAGUUGGAAGGUUGGAGCCUUCAAGAGAUGCCAGGCAAUACAAAACAGUAUCAUCACAGCCCGGCAGAGCUGGCUGCAUAG